AUCCUUCUUCUGACUUCCAGAUAGAGAGGAGCCACCAUAUUCUCUAUGAUCACAUGCAACGUACACGAGUGACGGCCUAUUUACACAAUCUCCGCCCUCCCUCCCUAUGGCAUUGACCACCUCUCCUCCUCCAACAUGGCCUCCCCUCUCAAAGGAACGGGAGAAGAAGGCUCCUAAUGCGACCAUACAACAGGAUUUCCCUGCCAGCGUUCUUGAUCGAAGAGCAACUCAGACUUCCAUUAAUGGUUCCAGCAUCUCAGUUGCAUCAUGUGAAGGACAGGGCUCCACGACGGCUAACAAGUUACUUGGCCACAAGAAAACAGUCGUGCACAUCUUCGAUGGCCCCCAAGUGUCGAAGCAUUCUAGGGAGGUGGAACGGAUAUAUUCACACCUCCGUUCAUGAUUCACUUAUGUUGUUAUGAAUUGAGUGGGGAGUGUAUCAAAGCAGAAGACGGGCGGAUUCAAGUUAAUUUCUCAGCCAAAUACUCUUCCAGUGGCGGUACUCAACAUUUUGCUGGUCAUAUUGAUGGCGCAGGCUCCCUUGUUGGCAGGGAACACUGAGCAUUAGAGAAUAAUGAUACGAUAUAUCA